UUCUUAGGAUACCUCUAUAUAUAGUUUUGAAACUCGUACGUUUAUAUAUGACCGAGGAACAAAAAACAUGAAAGAGGUAAAAAUCAAAAUUGCAUGGGCUUUGGCGAUCCUAUUGGUGCUUGGGCGGCCGAAUACACAGGUUGAAGGACAGCUUAGUCUUCCGUGCAUGAGGAUUAAUCUUCGCAUGAUAACUUGUUAUCUACACGUGAUAACUUGCCACCCUAAUUGUAGAAAAGCUCCAUGUAACGAUCAAUGCACACCUCCCCCAAUAUCGUGUUGUGUACAACUUGCGAGGAUAGGAAAAGGUAUAAACACUAAUGCUGAUGCAAAAAAUCUAUGUGACUGCAUACAAGAAACCGUUAUCGACAGACAAGGCACACCGUUUACUGGCGUCGGCCUCUCAGUUCUUCCCAAGGAAUGCAUGCUUGCAAUGAAACUUCCUCCGGUCAAAGCCGACACCAACUGUAAAAAGUGGAAGAAAAAGAUGAUAUUACUUGCUCUUAUGUUCAAGUGUCACAAAAAAAAGAACUUCUAA